UGAAGAUGGCGGCAGCGGCGGCCACUCGCCGUUUGCCGUUUCGCAGCGGGUUAGUCCUGCUGCAGACCAUUCGGGGGGCGGGUGUGUGUGAACCGAAGUUCUGUUGCAGAUUUUAUCCUGCAAGUGAGUCCCUCCCAAAGGUUGAAGGAACAGAUAUAACAGGGAUUGAAGAAAUAGUCAUUCCAAAAAAGAAAACAUGGGAAAAAGUGGCUGUUCUUCAGGCACUUGCAUCCACAGUAAACAGGGAUCCUACAGCUGUGCCUUAUGUAUUUCAAGAUGACCCUUUCCUCAUUCCAACCUCUACUAUGGAGUCUCGUUCAUUUUUAUUGGCAAAGAAGUCUGGAGAGACUGCAGCGAAAUUUAUUAUUAAUUCACAUCCCAAAUAUUUCCAAAAGGAUAUAGCUGAGCCUCAUAUACCGUGCUUAAUGCCCGAGUACUUUGAACCUCAGAUUGAAGAUGUAAGUGAAGCUGCCCUGAAGGAACGAAUCAAACUCAAAAAAGUCAAAGCUUCUGUGGACAUUUUUGACCAGCUCUUGCAAGCAGGAACCACAGUCUCUCUUGAAACAACUAAUAGUCUUUUGGAUUUAUUGUGUUACUAUGGUGACCAAGAGCCCCCAGCUGACUAUCCUUUUCAACAAACUGAACAUUUGGAAAACUUGGAAGAGGCUACAGAGGAAAAUAAUCAAACAUCCGAGAUGGAGUCUGGUCCUUGGAAAGCACAAAACAAUGCUGAGAGAAUCUUUGCUCUAAUGCCAGAGAAGAAUGCGCACUCCUACUGUACAAUGAUCCGUGGGAUGGUGAAGCACCGAGCUUAUGCACAGGCGUUGAACUUGUACACCGAGUUAUUAAAUAACAGACUUAGUGCUGAUGUAUACACCUUUAAUGCAUUGAUUGAAGCAAAAACAUUCAUACUCAGUGAGAAAUUUGAGGAGAAAUGGAAUGAUAUACUGGAUCUACUGAAACAUAUGGUUGCCCAGAAGGUGAAACCAAACCUGCAGACUUUUAAUACAAUUUUGAAGUAUCUCCCGAAAUUUCACUCACUUGCAAAGUUACCGGCCAUGCAGAUAUUACGUGAAAUGAAACAUAUUGGAAUAGAACCCUCACUUGCAACAUACCGUCAUAUUAUUAACAUCUUUUAUCCAAGAGGUAGCUCUAUAAAAAUGCCAUCCCUCAUCAUCUAUGACAUCAUGAAUGAAUUAGAGGGAAGAACAUUUUCUCCACAGGACCUUGAUGAUGAUAAAUUUUUUCAGUUAGCCAUGAUUGUGUGUUCUUCUCUCAGAGAUUUAGAGCUUGCUUACCAAGUACAUGGUCUUUUAAACACGGGGGACAACCGGAAACUGAUCGGACAUGAUAUUCAACGUAAAAUCUAUUAUUCGAAGUUUUUCAGUUUGAUUUGUUCACUGGAACAAAUUGAUGUCACCUUGAAGUGGUAUAAGGACCUAAUACCUUCAGUGUUCCUUCCCAACUUCCAAAUAUUCAUAGGUCUUCUUCAAGCAUUGGAUGUGGCCAAUAGGCUAGAAAUGGUUCCUCAGAUUUGGAAAGAUUGUAAAGAAUAUGGCCAUACUUUCCAAGAUGCCCUAAGAAAAGAAGUCUUGAUGCUCAUGGCAAGGGAUAAACACUCACCAGAGCUUCAGGUUGCAUUUGCUGACUGUGCUGCUGAUAUCAAAUCCACAUAUGAAAACCAGGAUGCCCGGCAGACUGCUCUUGAUUGGCCAGACAACCCUUUACAAUAUAUAGCUGUCCUUUUUUUAAGAGGUGGCAGAACCCAGGAAGCCUGGAAAAUGUUGGCACUCUUCAAAAAGCAUAAUAAGAUUCCCAGAAAUGAAUUGCUGGAGGAAUUUAUGGACACAGCCAAAGCAUCCAGUAGCACUGCUCUGGCCAUAGAGGUUGUAAAGCUGGCAAGUGCCUUCAGCUUACCUGUUAGUGAGAGCCUUGCCCAAAGAGUAAUGAUGGAUUUCACAGUUGACCCAGAACAAAGAGAAGCCCUGGGGAACCUCACUGUACUGAACAGUAGCGAUGGAGAAAGCAGCAGUGACAGUGACAUCAAUGAAGACAAAUGAAAGGGAGAGGUGGCUCACAAUAGCUGCUGGAAUGUUAGAAGUGGUAAAAUAAACAGAUACAGGGCUGGGGUCUAAUAGAAGCCCUGUGGUGCCAUACUGGCCUAAACACAAGACCCUGGGUGGGUUCAUAUGCACUACCAUAGAGAUGCAUAUCUGGCCAGUUUUUUGCCAAGACAGCAACAAGCACUGUUAAGUCUGACUUUUGGAGGAGAAGAAAUCCCACAUAAAUACAGUGUCUGCAGACCUCAUUCCUACUGUGCCCAUCAUGUUAGAACCCACAGGCCUUUGCUGCCUACUUGCUCUGGGAUAUGUGGUCCUUUGGCCUAGAAACAAGAGUUUAAACUGGUUUUCAUGAAGACAUGUAAUUCCUGUUGAGUGUCCCAGUUUGGGGAGUACUUAAAAAGACGGAUGGAUGGUCUUAAAACUGAUUAAAUCAGAAGCAAGCUACUAGUUUAGGCUGCCCAAAUGAUAAAAUCAUUAAAUAAAGCAAUUAAGUGAGUUUUUAAAAAUCUAGUAUAGUAUUUGAUUCUUGUGUUCCUAUGCAUAUGGAGGCCAGAGGACAAUGUUAUUUCUUCAGACAGGCCUGGAGACUGCAGGUUCAGUUAGACUGGUUAGGCGGCUCUGGGGAUCCGCCUAACUUUCAUACAUAAACAGCCAAGGAAUCUGAACUGAGGUCGGUCCUCCUACCCACAUGGCAAAUAACUUUAUUAAGGAAAGUAUCUCCCUAGUCCCAGACUUUUGUCAUCUUCUAACUAGAAUACCCACAAAUUUUAGGGAUGAAUUGUACAGCUCUUGAAAUAGAAUACCCAAGAAUGUUGAAGGGAUAAGAGUGGUACAGCUCUUGCCUGUACAUUGACAUGAGGUCCUCUAUUUCCUCUACAUUGCCACACCAUUUUGGUCUGUGUGGGCACUUUAUAAGUAGGUAUUUAAAGAGAUAUAGAGGGCUAGUAAUGACAAAAGGAUAUGAAAUGAUAUGACAAUGUAUUGCUGCUGAGCAACUUGGUCUGUUUCUUGUAAAAUGAUAUUAGUGGAACCUGAGUUACAAAUUUGAGGUUUGCAGGGUUACAUUCAUGAGUGCUUCUGUCACUGACCCAUAUACUCCUCCCAGGUUUUACGUUGAGGAACAGUUUUCUCUGCCUUGCCUGCAUCCAUGGUUACAGAUAUGUUUGGUAUUUUGUAUCUAUUCUCAGCCUAGGGCCCAGUCUUCAUCUUCAUAAACCUUGACACUCUUGUCCUACUCACCUAGAAAACAGGAUCUUAAGGCAUCAGAGUGACGUGGGGUUGAGGGGUGGGUAGAAUGCCAGUUGAUUAAUUACCUGCAAAGCAAUUUUGGUAAAGGACAUAGGGCAAAUUAGGAGAAGAUGGCUGCCAGGAAGGCUAUCGCCUCUGCCCAUUGACAUCUGUACCUGUGAGUGGCAGUGCCCUUGCCAUUGUGGCAUUUCUGGUAUGCCUCUUCCCAUCCAGGACUUAACUGAACAUUGGUUUGAAGCCAGCUGAAGAAAAUCCCUGACAUGAAUGGACAUGUAACUUAACAUCUUAGCAAACCAUUACUGAGCCAUGUACUCAACUGAGAAUGAUUAAGGCCUACCUAUAUAAUGUCUGCUGUUUGUGUCAUCUCCAAUAUUAAUAAAUCAUACAUUUUCUGUGCCAAAUUUAA